GUGUGCUCUUUCAUGCCAAACUGAGAUCUUUCUCAUUUUUCAUCUCUUCUCUUCUGUCUCUGUGUUGGUGUGUUCUGUCUUCUCUUUUGGUUAGUGUGAAGUGAAGUGAAAUCUGAAAAUUCUGGAUUGCAUGUUCGGAUCAGAAAUAGAAUUAUUUUAUUCGUGUUUACCAAUAGCUUUAGUUCAAAUCUUUUUGGAGGUGAAUUUGUAACUUGCAGAUUAUAAUCUCAUCUGGUUGUGAUUUGUUUCUUUUGUGUUUGACAAGUAAUAGUGAUGCUGGAACACUGACGGAUUUCUCAAUAAUAGCUCCUGUCAAUAGUUAGAAUGUGGCUGACAAAGCCUCGUCGAAGAGGGAGGAGUCAAGGAUGGUGAUAGGAGCGGGAGCGGUGAGGUGGGUGACGGCGGCGGUGUUGGUGGUGGUGACGUCACUGCCGCCCCCGGUGGCCGGUCCGCCACCAGGUCCUGCCACCGCCUGCGAUCGGUCAAGGCGUGUCCACACCGAGUCGUGGGGCAUCAUAGCCGAUGGUCCUGCCGAGGCCAACUACACGCAGAACUCGCAUUGCGAAUGGCUCAUUAAAGCCAAGAACGCCAGUCAGUUCAUCAACUUGAAGUUCCAGCUGCUUCGCACCGAGUGUUCGUAUGACUAUGUGUUCGUGUACGACGGCGACUCGUUCAACGCGCCUCUACUGGGCAGCUUCAGCGGCAAGACCCAGCCGCAGACCAUCAUUGCUUCCUCUGGAUUUAUGCUGAUCCUGUUGUACAGCGACACGAACUACGUGCUGGAUGGGUUCCGGGCGGAGUACUCGAUCAGCGAGUGUCCAGGCAACUGCUCGGGCCAUGGCGACUGCAUUGGCCACAAGUGUGUGUGCCAGGCACUCGACGAGUGGGGGGGCCGUGACUGCAGCCAGCGACUGUGUCCCGACCAGUGUCACGCGCGACUCGGCCACGGUCGCUGCCAGCUCGGCCAGUGCCACUGCAGUCGCGGCUACUCGGGUCGCAGCUGCAGUCUGCACUACGCCAACAGUCCCGGCAACAGAUGGCACUGGUUAUACGAGGGAGGAAUGUCUCCCCGAGCUGCGCACUCAGCAAUUUACUCUUCAGAGACUGAUUCUCUCUAUAUUUUUGGAGGUUAUGAUCUCAAUCACGUUUUAGGUGAUCUAGUAGUAUUUCGUUUCAACACUAGCAGUUGGGAGGACGAGCAUGGCACACCAAUGGCUGGUGUUUCAAAAUCGUCGGGUCUUCUAGACUCGCAAGUUCUAAGUCGAGUUAUAGCACUGGCAAAGGCUGAAAAUGUGAAAGAACAGUAUGGCCUCAGACAAAAGACCUUCUUAAAUAAUGUGUUUUUCUCAUUACCCAUCAACAACUCUGUCAAUCUCCAUUAUCCUUCAGCGCCAAAUCGCCACAGUAGAAUAUUCAAACGUUCAAGUCAACAUGACGAAGAUCCAAUACCGGCAAAACCGUCCGCUCGAUAUUCUCAUGCAGCCUGCAAUUACAAAGGCGGCUUCCUGAUGUACGGUGGUAGGCUGGCAGACGGGAGCCUGUCGGACGAGCUGUGGCUGUACGAGGUGGGGAGUCGCCGCUGGUCGCUGCGGGCCACUGCCUCCCCGCUGCGGCCGCCUCCCCUGGCCCGUCACACUCUGACGCUGGCCGACGACGGCUGGGUCUAUGUGGUCGGUGGCUCCAACCCCAUCGGCGAGUUCUCCUCCGCCAUAUACCGGAUACGGCUACACACAGAAGGCGGCGACGAGGAGUGGCUUGAAGUGAAGCCGCGCGGCGGCAAGCCGCUGGACGUGCGGAUAGUGGCGCACACGUGCGUCUACAACGCGGCGUCGCACUCGCUGCUAGUGUACGGCGGCAUCCUGGCCAACGUGGCGCGCUUCUCGACGCUAAGCGACCGCAUGUUCUCGUUCAGCCUGCGGCACCGCCAUUGGGCCGAGCUGCACUACCCGCGUGCCGAACUGCGCGACUCCUAUGUGCCGCAAGAGCGCGCCUUCCACUCCGCCUCUGUCAUGGGUAACUAUCUCAUAGUAUUCGGCGGUUAUUCGCAUAGACAUAACAGAGAGGAGAUCUGCUACGACAAUCAACUGUACCUGUAUCACAUGGGAUGUCAUACAUGGGUCAAUCAUGAAAUUCUUGGAUCACUUGAACAAGCGUCGCAGUACCCGAAAGAUCAGGGUGUGUUUGCGCAUGGGGCUGCAGUGCGAAACGGCAACACUCUGCUGAUAGUGGGCGGUUACCAUGGCAACGUCAACGCCGACCUCCUUGCGUUCACUCUGCCGCCCUCCGUUGCCAGCCACGACGGCCAACCCUUCGAACCCCAACAUUUUUGCAGCAGACACCAGUCACUGUCGGGCUGUACGGCGAACCCGGAGUGCGGCUGGUGCAGUGUGGACUCCAGGUGCUACGGGCGCACGCUUGGCAUCAACUGCACCACCAAUUUGCAGACGACGCGCUGUCCGGGCGUGUGUCCGGCGCUGGCCGACUGCCACGGCUGUCUGCUGCAUGGCGACCCGGCAGCCGACGCCCCCACAGCGCCCUCGUCCGCUAAUCCGCCGCCUCCGCCCCCAUCCGUCGCACACAAACUGCAUCUCGGCCAGUGCACCUGGUGUGUGCAGAACGCGCGCUGUCAUCACAAGGAUGAUAAUUUCGGAGUGUGUGGCCUGAGAGAGGACACGCCGUCUCAGAUAGCUGGGUGGUGGGGAGAUAAGGGCACAGAGGUGAUGAACGCAGACACGUGUCGACUGCUCGACCGGCGGCCUGGUCUCACCUUCAUCAUCUACAAGUCACCAAUGAACUGGACUCAACCCGAUUAUGUUUCGAUAGUGAACGCGACGACGGCCGACUUUGGCGCGAUGCUGGGGCGUGGCCUGAGCCGCAUGGAGCAGGCGAUAGGGGGUGAGCUGACCGGCCGUCUGAUGGGCUUCCUGCGGCCUCCGCCCGUCUGGGACUCCGCCCCGCACCAGCAACUGCGCAUCUGUGUUGCGCAUGCAUCGGCCGUGCUGCGGUUGGCACACAACGGCACCACAUCGCCUCUGGAAGUGGUUGGCAACCUUACAGCUGCCCAAACACAAUGUGUUGCCGCUCAGAGCUCGACUGGAGUCGCCACCACUCUGCUUUCCGGUCGCUAUCUCAUCGAUUUCGAAGCAAAAAAGUCACCACUAACCAAUCAGAAUGCUUAUCAAGGACAUCAUAACUCCAAAAUGGAGUUGCUGCACAACAGAACCACUGAAAAUCCAAAGAUGUUCACGUUCGAAUACCUGGAGCCAUACGAGAGCAGCAGCAAUGGGUCGUGCGACGUGUACAAGAACUGCCUGCACUGCCUGAGCGACUCGCAAUGCGGUUGGUGCGAGCAGAACGCGCGCUGCUUCAGUCGCCAGUCGGACGAGCGCCUCGUGUGUCAGCCGCCUAGUGACAACCAGCUGGUGGGUGACUCGGGGGACAGCUGGCAGUACCUGAACCUGGUGCCUGCGCACUGUGCCAACUGCUCCAACUAUGUGUCGUGCGAGGCCUGUGUCGGCUCCCACAUCUGCGAGUGGUGGCCCGAUGAGGCCAAGUGCUCAAGAAAGUGGAGGUCAAAGUCAGCUGUGAAAGAGUUGGAGGAGUGUCCUGCGCCCUGCUACCGUCGCUCCAACUGUUCGCAAUGCCUGGACGGCACUGGAAGGUGUGUCUGGUGCGAGUCCACUCAGGAGUGCUUCACGUUCGCGGUGUACACGUCGCAGUACCAGUUCGGCAUGUGCCGCGAGUGGCUGGACCAGGGCUACCAGUCGGCGCACGCGGUCGUGCCUCGCAACGAGUCGCGCGCCGUCUGCGACGCAUGCGCCCGUCACACCAACUGCUCCGCAUGUCUGCGUACGCUCGGCUGCGGCUGGUGCUACGACCUCGACAACCCCAUUCAGGGCGUAUGCACGCCCGGUGACUUCAGUCGCUCCUAUGUCGCCGACUCGUGCAGUGCAGCGAUCAACCGACUGUUCGGGACGCGGUUCGACGGCAGCGAGGUGAGCUGGUCAUACGCGCAGUGCCCCGACGUGGACGAGUGCGGCCUCGGUCUGCACGACUGUCACAAGGAGGCCAAGUGCACCAACACGCACGGCUCCUACAGCUGCCAGUGUCGGCGUGGAUUCAUCGGCGAUGGCAAGCACUCCUGUACUGAAACGUGCUACAACAAGUGCAUCAACGGCUACUGCUCGGGCAGUCCGCACUACAGGUGCAAGUGCGACCAGGGCUGGACGGGCGACGACUGCUCCACCAACUGCGGCUGCAACAACCACUCGACCUGCUCGCGGGGAGUUGGUCUCUGCGACGAGUGCCACGAGUGGACCACCGGCGACUACUGUCAGUUCUGCAAGGCUGGAAGCUAUGGAAAUGCGACGUCUGUUGAAGGGUGCAAAGGGUGCAAUUGCAACGACCACGGAAAUGCAAGUCUGGGUGUUUGCGACACGAUUUCGGGGCAAUGCUUCUGUCAGGACAACACUGAAGGACCCGCCUGCAGCCGAUGCAAAAAGGACUACUAUGGCGAUCCAAGACGAGGUGGAACAUGCUACUACCAGUGUAUGGCGAGGGGCAUCCUGACCAGAUCGGAGCAACAAGGCCUGGGCAGUCGGCUGGCCGACACCACAGUCUGGGAGUCAAGGCAGGGGCGACCCUCCUCCCUCACCUCCCACUCCCUCGCCCGAGAGUGUCUCUGGAUUGUGUCGCCUCACAAACUACACAACAAAUCUGACACAUCGAACAUCAUCCAGUUGACAAUAGACAAGGAUAUUCAGGUGCCGUGCCUCGAGAACAGUGUCUACAUCUACGACGGAUUGCCUGACUUUGUGUCGCUCACGGGAAGCCAUCAGAGCCAUGUGCUCGGGGUAUUUUGCUCCCAAGAUACUCAAUAUCCAAUCACUGUGGAGGCCAAAUCAGGUAUACUGACAGUGCACUACAAGCAGGGCGGGCACAUAAGCGAGGGCUUCAACGCGACAGUGAGUGUGCUGUCCUGUCCGAACAACUGUCCGCCCAACCGCGAGUGCCGGCACGGCGUGUGUGUGUGCCCCGAGGGCACAGUCGGCACCAACUGCAGCGACCUCCUUUGUCCCAACAACUGCAGCGCUCAUCUCAAGCAGGGCAACUGCGAUAAGGGGUACGGACGGUGUCUGUGCUCGGAGGGGUGGGGCGGCGCCCAGUGCGAGACACGGCUGACAGCGUCGCAGCUGGUGUCGAGUGAGCUGUUCAACUCGGCGCACCUGGCCGACCACCUCGACCACCUGCGCAAGAUGCUGCCUCGCUUCGGCCACUCGCUCCUCGCCGACCGCCGCGGUUCACUCUGGCUGUUUGGCGGCUACUCCCUGUCGCACGGCCCGCUCAACGACAUACGUCUCUUCGACACCAAGAACAACACCUGGAUGCAGAUCACAAUAGAUUCGACGAGUGACGUGAGUAUGCCCGAAGGCAGGUACUUCCACGCAGCCGAAAUAGUUCAUUCACGGCGAGAGAUAUUUGUCUACGGAGGUCUGGCUCAGAAGAAUGAAAGCAUCUUUGGCUUGGCUAACAAUACGCUCAGCGACUUUUGGAAAUUCAGCUUGAAAAACUCUCAUUGGGUUAACAUCAAGACCCAUGUGAGCCCUCCACCGCUGGCCGGUCACACGAUGACGCUGCGCCGCGAAGGCACCGGCGCCGAGAGCCUGGUGCUGAUCGGCGGCUUCAGUCCGCGACAUGGCUUCCUCGACGUGGUCUGGGAGUUCGACCUCCUGGAGGCGGACAACUGGACGGUGCUGCCCACCACCGGAUACCGCCCACUCGGCAUCUGCGGCCACUCCACCGUCUACCACGCGCCCUCCAAGAGCUUCUACGUGUUCGGCGGUAUGGUCUACGGCGACAACCACACCUACAUCUCCGACAAGCUGUACGCCCUGCACUACCCGUCGCGCACCUGGACUCGGCUGCCUGCAUUCGAUAUAUUCAACCAUCCGAUCAUGCAGUUGCACCGGGGACGAUUCCUGCACACAGCUGUUACAACCGAUGACUACAUGCUGGUAUUUGGAGGUCGGGUCACUUCCAUUGGCAGUCAGCACUCUCUCAUCGCCUACUCUUACAACUGCAAUCAAUGGGUUCCUCUAUCGUCCAAAGUCAAGGCUCAUCUAGGAGUUAUUGAUGCAGUGGGCUCUCUCCCGCCCGCCACCUACGCACAUGCCAUGACAAUGGACGUGACCGAUGAGCAGACCUAUGUCUACAUAAUGGGAGGAUUCACAGGCGGCAUUCAGAGUCGCAUGACGCGCAUCACCCUGCCACCCGAUCUCUGUUCUCUCUGGUCUGGCAAGAGCUUUUGCAGGUUGUACUUUGGGUGUAUGUCGUGCACAGUUUCGACGCCUGAAGGCAACAUCACUCACUGCUAUUCGAGCUGGCGAGGCGUGGACCCGUGCGCGGGGGGCCAGGAUGGGGGCGGCAGUGGUGCAACGAAGGCAGUGGAGCCUAGCAGGGGUGGUGCGGGCGGCAUCAGUCAGGGCUGCAACAGCCAGGGCUUCACCCAGCGCACCUGCGAACAGUACCGCACCUGCACCGACUGCCUUGCCCGCUGGCCCACUCAUUGGAACGAGAGUCAGGGUUGCAAGUGGUGUUGGAACUGUGGAGGCGGCGGCGGUCAUUGCGCGUUGGAGUCGGCCAGCUGUGAUAAAGAUGGCGGCCGCAUCUGCUACGACGCACGCAACAUCACCGACGCGGCCAAGUGUCCGGGCAACGAGUGCGCCGCAUCCGACUGCGACAAAUGUCUCGAGCACGACAACUGUGUCUGGACUAGACAAGUGGCGACACCUAGCGGCGGCCACCACAACCACCAGGGGGGUAGUGAGCUGAACGUGAAGAUGGAGACGCACGACUGGGGCUGCCACCCUCAGGACGCCCUCGGCCGCCUCAUUGGCAAGUCGCGCACCAGCGGUGGCGUCUGCCCGCCAAGGUGCUCCCAGUUCGUCGAGUGCGACGCCUGUCUCACCUCACAGGGUGCGGAAGGCGGAUGGCACGAGUGCGGCUGGUCGACACGGCUGAACGAGUGCAUUUCGCCGAGCUAUCAGCCGCUGUACUGCGCGGGCGGAGUGUGCGGCCUAGUACUGGCCGGUGGCCACCAGGAGCGCUGUCCGCAGGCAUGCUCCAGCUACAAGCAGUGCUCGUCCUGUCUCAAGCAUGCGCACUGCGGCUGGUGCUCGCUCAAUGGCGUCAAUGUCACCGGAGAAGGCGUGUGCACAGAAGGCUCGCUGGAGCGUCCCGCGUCAGGACCGAAGAAGUCGACCUGCGACAAGCUGUACGUGGAGGAGACACGCACCGAGGUGGAGUCGCUGCCGCGGGAAGCCAACUUCUCGUGGCACUACGUGCAGUGUCCGCCGGAGAACGAGUGCCUCAACCACCACCACAACUGUGACCCGCUCAGCGAGCAGUGUGUCGACCUCGACGACGGCUAUCGCUGUGACUGCGGCAAGGGCUAUCGCUCCAAUGGCGCCGAUUGUGUCCCGGUGUGCAGCCAGGGGUGCGUGCGAGGGGCGUGCAUCUCGCCGGACGAGUGCCGGUGUGACUUUGGCUACGUGGGCGCCAACUGCAGCAUCCAGUGCCAGUGCAACGGCCACUCGCAGUGCGCAGGUCCCGACCGACUCGACGUCUGUCUCCAGUGCCAUAACAACACGCUCGGCUCCCAGUGCCAGAGAUGUAAGCCAUUGUUUGUUGGAUCACCUUUGGACAACGGCGUGUGCGUGCCUUGCUCGGAAUACUGCUACGGACACACCAACAUCUGCAUUAACAGCUCCAUCACCGACUUCCCCUUCACUCAGUCCAGUCCCGUGUCCGAAAUAGAAGCCUACCUGCAAGAAGGCCCCACAGCCCAUGCUCGAUGUGUGUGGUGUGGGAACAAAACAACUGGUGAAAGAUGUGAAGACUGCAUCGAUGGAAAUUUCAGAGGACAAUAUGACCAAACAAUGUCCUGCCGACCUUGUGAAUGCCACGGCCAUGGUGAUACCUGUGAUCCAGUUACUGGUGAGCAGUGCAACUGCGGCAACAACACAGAGAGCGACGCGUCGUGCCAGGCGGGCAGCAAGAGCAUGAACACGCACUCGCACUGCUGGAGCCUGCAGUGCUCCAAGUGCCGCGAGUCAUACAUGGGCACGCCCACCGAGGGCCACCAGUGCUACAAGCAGAUGACCGUCGACUUCAAGUUCUGCCUCGACGCCAAGCUCAUCGACGAGUGCCGAGGCAACAAGCAGAAGCCGCUCAAUCCCGGACAGACAGUUUUCUUUGUCGUGCAACCAAAAUUCAUGAACGUGGACAUUCGUGUGACAGUCGACGUUACUCUGGGUGGACUCGAUUUGUUUUUGAGCCCUCGAGAUGACACAUUCAUCGUCGAAGUGAACUCAUCAACUGGUACUCAUAGCGUUCACAUUGAUCCAAGGUACAAGAAGAGCGAGGACGCGGCUGAGUCAGAGUUGGAGAACGCGACGAUGUCACUGUGGCACGCCGGUCAAGGCUUCCCAUUGGACGAGCGCGAAGCCAAGGGUCCGACCACUUUCGUGACGGUCGGCCAACGCAACAGCCUACUCUUCGUGCGCAACCUCACCGACCGGCUGGUGCUCACUCUGCCCCAGGACAAGCACGACCUCAGCUCGACCCGCUUCUACGUCGCCUUGACGGCGGUCGGCCGUGGUCCCGCUUACGGCACCGUCUUCUUCCGACAAGACCAGCUGCACAUCGAUCUAUUCGUGUUCUUCUCUGUGUUCUUCUCGUGCUUCUUCCUGUUUUUAGCUGCAUGUGUGGUGGCGUGGAAGGCGAAACAAGCAGCGGAUGUGCGUCGAGCUCGUAGGCGACACGUGGUGGAGAUGUUGCACAUGGCUAAGAGGCCUUUCGCCUCGGUUACUCUACUUCUGGACGACAGCCGGACGUCGCCGUCCCGUGUGAACCGGCGCACCCGCAACCGCAACAAUGCGCCGACGGGUGAUGUGCGGCCCGUGGCCAUUGAGCCGACCGAUGACGGGGUGGCCGCCGUCUCCACUGUCUUCAUCAAGCUGCCCGGUGGCCGAGAUGCCCCCGUCAAGCUGGCUCUCGCCUCCACGCUCAUGCUGCUCGCUCGCGUCUACCCGGCCAACAACAGGGCCUUUUUGCGUCGCAGAAGCAGCCACUCAUAGUACACACUCACACUCUAAAUCUACACCCAUUCAUCUACAUCAAUUUAAAGACUGCAAUAUUAAUUUUAUCCAAGAUUUACUGGGAAAUUAGACCCAAACUAGGUACUGUUGGAUGAUAACAAAAACUCAAGCAAAGAUGUCAAUGAUUGGAAAACGUUCUCAAACAUUGCAGCAAUAUAGAGAAAAUACACAGAAAUUAACUGGAGGACUGGAAUUUUAAUAACGUCACAGAUUCACCUCAGAAUAUGCAUCAAAACUAUAAAUUGUUCAAAUAAGGUGGAAAGAAACUACAGCAAAGUUUCUGAUUGAGAAAUGUAUACUCGAAAAUAGCAACAAUGUAGAGAAUAUGGUCAGAAAGUAACUUGAAAUACUAGAAAAGGGAAUCACAGAUACAUAACAUAUUAAAAAAAAACAUAAUUUUUUUAUAAAAUACAUUUAAAAAAUAGUAUUAUACCUACAACUCUUGCACCAACCAGGAUUUACUAACUUGAACCAGCUGAUCACGCCUACUUGGCUUUGUGCUGAUCCACUACCUCCGUAAACAAAGCAGUAGUGCAUGACAGUACAGGUAGGGCUCCCACACCAAUAGUCCAGUCACUAUAUACAUUGGUGCAUGCAGUUUAUAUUGUAGUUCUGAUUUUCCAAUAUAUUAUUUGGGUACCUAAGAUAAGUCCAGAACCAACUUCUUCAUGCAAAAUUUCCUUGUGCAAUAUACAGGAUGGCCCAAAAACCUCGUAUUUUCGGCUCAUUUUCCAGUUUUCAGCUAUUUCUGCCAAAUCUCUUAAUCGGACAGAAAAAUUUGCUCUCGCUUUUUUUCUAGAUUAAAAAAUUCUGAAUAAAAUUAGAUCAUUCGGAACUCUUUAUCUCCAAUGAGUACUGAGUUAUGAUUUUUCAAAAAUGAGUGAAAUUUGAAGAAAAAAUCAAUUUUGAUGAAUUUUAGUUUUUGAUAAACAAUAUCUUCCUAUUUUUAACAUUUAGAUGUAUAAUUCAAAAUCCCUCUGGGCGUAUUUUUAUGCUCUACAAUCUGAGAUCAGGUCUAUCAAUCUGAGUGCUCUAUCUCAUAUAGAUUUCCAGGUACACCUGACAACAAUGCUCCUUGUAUUGUGAAAAACACUUAAUUUUCAAUUUCAACCAUUAUCACCAACUUCAUUGUCCUCACAUUGAUAUUUCGCACAAUGCCAUAAGUUCAUGAGACUAUGUUCUAUGAGAAUCACCCGUUAGAUGCACCUCAUUUCAGUAUUAUUUUGCUAGUGGAGAGGCGCGCUACAGGACACCUCAACGAUCAAAAUUUCAAACACUUAUAACUUCUGACACAAUGCUCAGAUUUCAUCGUACUACACAUCAUUCUUCUCGGCUUGUCAAGGCGGUCCUAAAUCAUGCAUCAUAAGUCAAAUUCGGUCGAAAAGUGGAAAAUUUAUUAUUGAGUGUACUUAAGCUCAUAAGUACAAUAUAAAUUGCAAGCACACCCCCUUUUUUAUGUCUAUAUUGACUGGACUACAAUAAAAAUUCGUUGAUUUCAGCUGAUCUAUAUCAGCUAGUGUUUUUAUUGGUGUAGGAGCCCUACCUGUGCUGACGUCACACGAAUACAAUAUGGCUUUGUUUACGGAGGUAGUGGCUGAUCCCGGAAUGAUAUUUUGAAUUAAAUAUCCGGCAAUUAAAAUUCCGACACAAUACAUCCUAUGCUUAUUCUAUGGUGCAACCAAGCCACCAUUAGCUCGCACAGCUAUCAUACAUUGGAAAUCAAUUCUAUAUUAUUUAUGUUGAAAAUUAUAUUUAAUAGUUGCAAAAUUUAGCAUAAAUUUCACAAAAAUAUUUAAAACCGUUGUAUUUAUGGUUGCUCCCAUAGUUAUAUUUUAGUUUUUCUCUAUGCGAAAAGAAGAAACGGGGUAUCUUGAGUCUCAAUAUUAAUACUGGACUGAAUCAAAUAGCUAUUCAAAAAAACGAAUGAAAUCCAUUAAUAGUUAUAAUUAUUGCCGUCUCAACCUUGCAAUUAUUGUUUAAAGCCGAUGUAUUCUUAUUUGCUCUGAUAUUCUCCUCUAUGCUAAAAAUAGAAUUCUUGUGGAUCAUUCAAUAACACACUGUCUUUAGAUUCAAUAUAUCAGUGAUAAUUUUUUUCUUUUCUGCAAUAUGAAUAAAUUAAAACUUUAUUGUUGAAAAAGAAAUGAAAAGUAUGUGAGGAAUGAAAUAAAUUAGUGAGUUAAUGGAAACCUACUAAGUACACUCCAUUUUAAAGCAUAGCAAAUAGAUCAAUUUUAAAUACUUAACCAGGUUGUUUGUUAAUGAAUUUGAAAAUAUUGAAUAAACAUCGAAGACUUUCAAUGAAUUCAUCUUGCUACCUAAACACAUGCUACUCUUUAGAAACUGUUGGAAUUCAUCUGUAAAUUUUGAAAAAUGGAACAUUAAUGUUUGAUAAUUGGUUUAAUUAUUUUAUGAAUCUAAAUCAGAUCCAAUGUAACUGUACUUGCAAAGCUUUCUUACUCAAUCUCUAGAAACCAUAGAGUUUUCAUUAAGAAUUGAUUAAAUUCUUGAUAAUAAUAUUAGGGAGUACCUUCUCCAAUAAGGCCUACUAUAUUCAAAUAGACCUAUUCGAACAAAUAGUCUUGAGUGAUACUAUCGAUACAGUAACUAAUAUUCAUCGAAUUUAUUUAAAAGCCCAUCAUGACACGAAGUGAACAAAAAUGUUAAUUAAUAAAUUGAAUACUAUAUUUAAGGUGAUUAUUCUGAAUUGUUGGCUCAUUAGAAUGACUAUUAGUUUAUUAGUUUUUGAUCACUAUACAGUGAUAUACAUCACACUAUCUAUGAGGAUGAACUUAGCUGAAAAAUCUUUAGGAAGUUGUUAUUUUUGAAAUUUAUUAUGAAAUUGUGAUGCAUUAUAAGUUACGGUGUUGCGAUUAAAUAAAUGUUAUUUCUGAAUAGUUUAGAUUGAUAGUACUAAUAAUGAUGUUGAAUUGAGAUUGAUAAACUCAAUGGAACUUAAUGAUUUUCUUCUGAAAGUAUUUCUUAAGCCUGAUAGAGAACAGUUGUUAAAUAUUGAAUAUUUCUCAUUCUUUUAAUUUUAUAAAAUGUAUAACUGAAAGUAUUACCAAUAAUUUAAAGUUCAAUAGUAUUAUCAAUAAUUAAAUUUGUAGAACAGAUUUUGAUGUUGUGGAACCUCUCCAUAAUUGAAAUAAAUUGCUUAUAAUAUAUUGGAAUUGACAGAAUAAUUUCUUAUCAACACUUACUAUUUUGUAAAAUGUCGAAAACUUGAGUGUUAGGUAGGAAACAGUAUUUUAUUCAAAGAUUUUGACAAACGUAAAUUUAUUUUAAAUUACUAUUCUAUUAUGUAUCAGUAUUAUUUUGUUAAUGGCAGCUGUAUUUUUGUAAUAUUAGUUUUUCAUUAUCGUAGUUAUUAUCGUGGUUAUAUUACUAUCGUAAUUUUCUAGUAAUAUGUGGAUACUAUUAAAAAUGUCAAAAUGAUCAAAUUUGAUAGUAGAUGAAGCUAAAAUUAAUAUGCUCUAAGUUAACAAUGAGAUAGGUCACUUUUGUAAUUAUUAUAAUUAUAAUUUGUAUAAUGGAUUGUUAUUUUUUUAUUGUUUUGAUUAUUGCAUUUUUCAAGUGGCUCAUCUCGAUUUGAUUGUGAAUAAAAAUGUUGUAUUGUAUGAUAUUAUAUGUGUGACUUGAUUAGUAAGCUGUUCCUCCAUUCCGAGCAAUUUUAUUAAAUUUAUUUGAUUAGAUGUUUAAGAAAAGUGUUGUUGAAUCUGUGAUUUAAAUAGGAAGUAGAGUUCAGAUAUAAAUAUGAUGAUUCGUUAGUGAUCAAUAAUAUAAAUUUUCGUCGUUUCUAUUGUCAAAAGAGAUAGAAUAAAUAGGUUAUUAAAAGAAAAAUUUAUCGUACAUAUACAUUUUACAAUUUUUUGAGCCUACAUCACAUACAUGUAUUAGAAGAUUAUGUAUUCAAUCUGUUCCCCAGCAAACUAACUUUAAUCCAAAUGGACUUUUAAAAAUGAAUCUUACUAUACAAUAUUGUUGUUAUCUACUUCGAAAACCUUCUGUUAUUUAUACAUUUCAAAUAUUUUAUCAUUGUAAUCCAUUGUAAUUAUUAGAGUACAUUUAUAAUGUAAGAAACAUUGUACAUAGAAAUGUACAUUAGUUGGGAUUUGAUGUUAAUUGAGAAUUUUAAUGAUCUGUUAUUUCUAAGUUGUUCAAAACUAUUCAAUUUGUAUAAUGUUAAUGCCUCACUCUCAGAAGUAGAUUUACCGCUUAAUAAUGUGAUGCUAGGCGUUUAUGCAACACACAUUAACCAAUUUUCUUUGCCAGUUAUAUACAUUUUAGUUCAAGGGUAACAAUAACGAUGCCAAAUCUUUUAAAAUACUCGAGAACUUUAUAGUACUGUAAAUCAAAUAGGUUUGUCCUUCGCUAUAUUGAGUUGUCAUUUUCAUUGAAUGUUCAAAUUAUGAAUUACAUUUAUAUUUUUAUCACUGGAUUUGAAUGCUAGGAAAUUAACUAUUUUAAGCUCAUCUAUGUUUGUAUAAAAUAGAUUCUUCGACUGAAUGUCGUUCAAGACCAACUGUUAAUGCAUUAAUUUGUAACACAAUAUUUUAAUGUUGUUAUCAUUAUGAAUGUAUAGUUUAUCUUGUUCCAUUAUGAUGUAUUUGAUUGAAAAAUUCAAAUUUCUUCUUGCAAUUUUUUAUACUUUGUUCUCAAAUAUCCUAUAAUUUUUUAAGACCACCUUACAUUCUUUUUUUUAUUCUAUAUAAUAUUAUGUACAAUUUAAUUUCAGUUAAGCUAGAUUAAUGUCAUAUCCUGAAAUUUUUGGAGACUAUUUCUGUAUAGAAAAAGUGUUUUAUGACCGUAUUUAAUAGAUUGAGAAAAAUUCUAUAUAUACAGUAUUUCUUUGUUUAUCAAAAAGCAAUGAUGUUGUCAACAAUAUUAUUUUAUAAUUUUAUUAAAAAUGUAUGUAUAUAUGAGGGGAAA